AUGCAGCCGGCAAGGCCGCAGCGAUCAGACAGGCGGACGGUCGAAAGCUAUGCCGCCGACUUGAAUCGGCCGAAUCCGCCUGCGGUCGCCCCUCUAAGACCAAAGCCAAAGAGUCCUUCGGCUAGGUCACCUCCAGCCGCUUCAUUCCAACAAGCCAGCGGAUUUGCAGACUUUGACGGCUACUCUCUUUCUCCAGUGAAUGGUGCGGACGGCGCGUACGCUCAUUCGCAGGACCGACGUGGCGAUUACUCGCGAGAGGGACUUAGCGAGAGACCACCGGCAGGCAGGAAUGGUCUGCUUGCCAACGACGCCCGCAGUCGAGUGACGGGCAAGAGCAGAGCACUGGCAGCUGCGCUCGGCUACGAUCAGCCUGUGCCACAGUUGCAGCCAUCAGCCCAAACGAGAGGCAAUGGCGCGCUUGCAGUACCGCGCCGACGAAGAGGUUCGGGCGAUUCUGCUUCCUCUGCCUCAUCGACUGGCUCGGCCGAGCCUUCGUUCGCUAGGACGACAUUGCAACAGCAGGCAGGAGAUAUAUCAGCCAGCAUUGAGCUAUCGCGAUCGCGGUCAAAUGCACGCCAGCCACGCCCACCUCAAGUGCCUACGAGGACCGCUUCGCAGAAUCAAAAGUCGGUUCAGGACGUGCUGUCCGCCUUUUCGGCGGCCGGACAACGGAACAGAGCCAAGGAGCAGGCUGUAGCGACUGGAUAUGAUAGUGUGCGGGCCAAUGUCACCGCGAGAAAGGCAGCGCGACCGCGGCGCGGCACAGAUGCACAAGCGCAGCCGCCCGAUCGCGCUCUGAGAGCAGAUCCGGCCUUCGCGGACAUCGAGCGUGUCAUGCACAGGAUACACAACGACUGGCCAGUCCUACUGCCCAAUGAUCAGACAGACGCCUUCGAUCCUGUCACCCUCGCGCUGGAACUCAUAGAUGACUCAACGCAAGGCCGAAGAAUGCGAUUGGAUGCGUUCGCAGAGCUACAAAAUGAUGUGGCCAAUGCGACGAAGCAGCAUAUACAGAAGCACUACCGAGCACUUGAUGCCUCUGUGACGGCGUACAACGGUAUGUCCUCUGGUCUCAACUCGGCGCAACGUGAAGUUGGCGGUCUGCGUUCGACGCUGCGUGCCGUCAAAGAAGCGCUGGGGUCGCGCCGAACGGAGCUCGCUGCUCUGGAAAGCAGGCGGACAGAGCUUGCAGAGAUGGAACGUAUUCUUGACUCGAUUGAUCAGAUCAAAGCGGUUCCAGACAAAUUGGAGACGCUGAUGUCGGAGAAGCGCUUCCUGGCUGCAUCUGUCCUGCUCGUUCGCUCGCUCAGACUGAUCAACAAGCCUGAGCUGGCGGAGAUUGGCGCUAUCGCAGAUUUGCGCGCCUAUCUCAUCGCGCAAGAGACAGCUUUACUCGAGAUCCUGGUCGAUGAGCUGCACGCCCAUCUUUAUCUCAAGUCCUUCUAUUGCGAAUCGCGUUGGAGAAUCUACCAAAGAGGCCAAACAGCUUUGCCACCUAUAGACGGCUCAGACACCCGCGAUCUAGUCGACAAGACCAACGUGCCGGGCAGUACGCCGAGUCUGCGAGUCUACCUACGCACACUGUCUAUGCAGACCUCGUAUGACCCUGUCUUGGAAGCGGGCGCAGAUCUCGAAGAAGCAACCUCAGCCGAGCCAAGUUCGCCACACGAGCGCGAUAAUCAACGCGCGAACCCCGAGACAGACUCCUUCGCCUACAUCGAGAUGCUGCUGGAAAGUGCCAACAGUUUGGGCAAGCUCAGCAAUGCGAUCGAUGCUGUCUGUCAGCGCACUCCACAAGAAAUCUACAGUCUUGUGGAUGCGACUAUUGAUGAAGUUGGAGAGCGGACUACACCUGCACCUGCAGCCGGUCAAGCGGGCCGCCCAAGCUCCGGUCUCUAUAUCGCCAUAAAUGAUGCUAAAUCGACGACCUUGCCAAAGUCACAGGCGCGUUUGCGGACAUCGCUGCUUCGCCUGGGAGCAGCCGACGGUAUAGCGGCCGAAGCAAACGCCGAAACGCUGCGCGACCUUUUCUGGACACUAUACUCGAAGCUGGACGCCGCCGUACAGGGCUUCCGAGUGGCAUACGAGGUCUGCCUUCGGAUCAAUCAGCGUCGCGGGCUCAACAGUAGCAAUGGCGUGCGCGAUGGGCUCCUACAAGCGUUACUGGACGUGUGGAAGCCUGUUCAGACGGAAGUCAGGGCACUUUUGAAUGACUACCUGACUGGCGAUGAACAGGCAACCGUCUCGUCUCGAUUUCCGAUGCAGACGAUCAACGAAAUACUUCGGGCAGGCAGAUAUGCUCGCAACGCAAGUAAACCGCUGUACCGAUCGAAAGAUAGCGAUGGCAAGGAACGCGCCAAAGAACUCAAAGCGCACGAAGACUCGCUCAUGCGGGCUUUACGCGCUUCUGUGCCUGGCCUAGUGACCUCGCUCAACGAAGCGACAAGUACAGCGGUCACUAGCGCCGGCGACGAGCGAUAUGGGUUCAAGCGCAUUGGCGAAACGCAUCGUAUUUUGCUCAGGCCGGAUGCGUUCAAUGUCAGCAUUCUCUUCGGCCCCACGCUUGCGUUCCUCGAUCGCAUUCGGGAAGUGCUCCCAGAUGCUCGAGAGCUUAGCGGCACGUCUCGCGAAGUUGGUGCGACCGAGUUUGGAGGCUUCUUGGAUGAUUUUGUCGAGAAAACAUUCUUGCCGCAGCUCGAAGAGAAAGUUCUGGCUGUCUUCAACCAUGCCGUCAAUGGAUCAGAUGCUUUCCAAGAUGCAUUCGGCGUUUCUGAGAUCCCCAUUUACAAGUCUGUGAUCAGUGUGGUGGGCCUCAUCUCCAAUUUGUGCGCGAUGUUGCGCAACACGCCGUUUCACCGCGAUCGCUACAGCGAUCUCAUCAUCAGUGUCAUCGUCCAGUACUACCAAUGCUGCGAGGCUCGCUUCAAAGAAACUGUCUCAUCAGACUCGCUCAUCGCACGGGGACCAAGCAAGCUGAAGACGUCUGCCAUGUGGACAUCUAAAGACGCUCUGGCCACGGUCAUCAAUCGCCUACGCACUACUGCUGGCGAUGACGCGCAGAAAUCGCAAUUGCUACAAGAAGAGCUUCGACUUCACUUGCAGUACAAAGGAACGUCCACAGGCGAUCAGCUUGACUAUGUACCCGUCAAGAAGGCCAAGAGCAUGAGCACGCUUUACGCAUCUUUGGAUUGGUUUCGCGAGCAGAUCAAAUCAAUGCAGGGCGACAAAAGUGGUCCUGAGUCAGACACAAGCAAUGCUUUGCCCUUCAGCAAAGAUUAUGCGACGCGCUUCGAUGCUUUGCUCAAGACCUAUCGCAAGUCUUCUGAAUAUAUUCUAGCAGCGCUUCGCACAGAGCUGCGCGUUCGAUGCCUUUGCUUUCUUGACAGAUCUGCGAGGGAAGGCAACUAUCAACUCGACAGUGCCAGUUUCGAGCCUGAUCUCGAUAUCAUAGAGCUGAACAGCGAAUUGACUCAAUUCGAUGAUGCUUUACGCUCCGCGCUAGCCCCUGCUGAGCGAUCCUACCUCAUGGACGGCCUGCCGCUGUACAUCGACAGCGUACUUGUGUACAAUGUGCGCUAUGUACGGUCCAUCAAUUCGCACGGUCUCGCCAAGAUCAUGCGUAACAUCCUCGCUCUUCAGCAGAAUCUAAAAAACCUCGGCGACAGGCCGUUGGACGUCAAUUUCGACUCGAGCAGGGCUUUCUGGCAAAUGCUGAACACGACUGCAACCUCUGAUGUCGCAAACAGCGCAGAACUCUUUGUGGCACGCUUGCGCUCUAGCAAAACAAUACCCUACGAUGUAGACUCGCUGAAAGCGCUCCUAGCGCUCACCUGCGGCUUGGAUCCUGCGACGGCAGACACGACCACCGCUUUGCCUGACAAGCGCAAGGCCUACGGUGACGCCUUGCUCGAGCUCUACAGUCUCGGCGAAUGGUGA